AUGAUUUCAAUGGCCCAUGGCACAACUAAAAAUAAACAACAACAUUAUUAUACUAAUAAUUCUGGAACACCAUCAUAUUCAUCAUCAAGCACAUCAUCAUCGAAUUCGUCUGCAGCAGCUGCAUCGUCAUCAACAACUAAUAACGAAAAUGAACCUGGAGAUUUUCUAAUUGGCUAUGGCGCAUUUGGUGUUAUAUGGGCAGUUACUGAUCCACGAACGAGUCGGCGUGUCGCAUUAAAAAAAAUGCCGCAUGUUUUUCAAUCAGUCGUAGCUGCUAGACGAGCUUUUAGAGAAAUUAAAAUGCUUUGUACAUUUCGACAUGAUAAUAUUCUUCAAGCUGUUGAUAUUUUGCAACCACCUAGUCAAAUAGAAUUAUUUAAUGAAGUGUAUAUUUUAACAGAAUUAAUGCAGAUAGAUUUACACAAGAUAAUUGUUUCACAACAAGCAUUAUCCAUAGAUCAUUGUAAAGUUUUUCUUUAUCAAAUAUUUCGAGGACUGAAAUUUCUCCAUUCAUCAGGCGUUAUUCAUCGAGAUCUAAAGCCUGGAAAUCUCUUAGUCAAUAGCGAUUGCUUGUUAAAAAUUUGCGAUUUUGGUUUGGCUCGAACGGAAGAAUCAGAUAAAACUAAACGGAUGACACAAGAAGUAGUAACACAAUAUUAUCGGGCACCCGAAUUAUUACUUGGCACUCAACACUAUUCAUAUGCUAUUGAUGUCUGGAGUGUUGGUUGUAUUUUUGCAGAAUUACUUGGUAGAAGGAUUUUAUUUCAAGCAUCAUCACCACUUAAACAGCUUGAUUUAAUACUCAAUCUACUUGGUACUCCCCCAUUAGAUGAGAUAGCAUCCGCAUGUGACGGUGCUAAAUCUUAUAUAUUAUCAAAAACUUGGCGCGCACCAAAAGUUAACACACUCUAUUCGUUGUCAAAAAAUGUCACUCAUGAUGCUGCUCAACUUCUAUUACGUAUGUUAACAUGGGAUCCAAAAAAACGGAUUACUAUAAAUCAAGCGCUUGAAAAUAAUUAUAUUCACGAAGGACGUAUUCGAUAUCAUUCAUGUAUGUGCCGUUGUUGUUUUUCAACACCUACUGGAAGACAAUAUACAGUGAAUCUUGAACCUGUACGAGGAUUUCGAUAUGAUGAUUCUGAUGAAAAUUUUUCUAGUUUACGUCAAGCUAAAGAUUAUAUGCAUAAAUUACUAACUGAAUUUAGCCAAGCAAAUACUGUCCCACUUCGACUUAAUCAUGAUUCGCCAUUAUAUAAAACAUUUGCCACAUCACAAGUUGCUCAGGCACAUGAACUACCGCCAUCACCUGUCGCCUGGGAUAAAUUUUGA